AGGACGCGGGGACACUGACGCUUUUUAACAUGACUCAAACUAAGUGUUUUUAGUUGUUAUGCGUAAGACUCUCUGAUCAUUUAACCUCCGGACAUUAUCGUGUUGUUUUAUUUUGUUUCCGGGGGGAGCACCAGGAGUGUAACACCCGGUGUUUACCCCUGACAGCUGGGACAUGGAGGACCAGGAGAGGACACCGGUGUCCAUAUUCACACAAGUGGACAAGGACGUCUUCCUGCGAGACAUCUGUCCAGAGCGCAGACCUGCCUUGCUCAGAGGCGUGGAUCUGGGGCCGUGUCUGGAGAAGUGGACCCUUGAACAUCUCAGACUGAGAGGAGGAGACCAGGAUGUGAAGAUUCACGUCUCCACGGUACCACAGAUGGACUUCCUGCACAAGAACUUUGUGUACAAGACUUUACCUUUCAACGAGUUUGUGAAAAGGGCAUCUGAGAAAAAACACUCAGACUUCUUCCUGUCUGAGGAUGAGCACUAUUAUCUACGAUCACUGGGAGAGGACGUGCGGAAGGAACCUGCUGACCUGCACAAGCAGUUCCCGCACUUGGCAGAGGACUUUCAUGUCCCACACUUCUUUGAACCGGAUCAGUUUUUCUCCAGUGUUUUCCGUAUCAGCUCCUGUGGUCUGCAGCUGUGGACCCACUACGAUGUGAUGGAUAACCUGCUGGCUCAGGUGACAGGGAGGAAGAGAGUGGUCCUCUACAGCCCCCAGGAUGCAUUGCACCUUUACCUGUCAGCAGGUGAUAAAUCCGAGGUUCUGGACAUCGAUUCCCCAGAUCUGAAACGAUUUCCUGACUUUUUAAAGGCAAAGCACUACGAGUGCGUGCUCGAACCUGGAGACCUGCUCUUUAUCCCCGCCCUGUGGUUCCAUAACACCACUGCACUGCAGUUUGGUGUGGGUGUGAACGUGUUCUGGCGCCACCUAGCGGCUGACUGUUAUGACAAAAAGGACCCGUACGGUAAUAAAGACCCAGUGGCUGCAGCUCGAGCCCUUCAGGCCCUGGAGAGGGCUCUUCACACUCUGGAGGAACUUCCAUCGGAUUAUCGGGACUUUUACGGUCGCAGAAUGAUUCAGCGCAUUCAAAAGCGAACUUACUGUGACAGCGUGUCGGCCACAAAGACAAAGGAGGACUCGGACAGUACGUUACCCAGCAUGCCAUUCACCAAACCUGGAUGAGCGUGCAGAGAAACCCAACAUGUAGAAUAGGCCCCAUGGAGCCUGUGUUCUCUUCAUGUGUUUAUUUGACUUUUUGACUAAUGUUCAUUAUAAGUUAUGUCCAGUACAGAAUUUUCACUUCAGGUCCUUCAAAA